CUUCGUUUCGGGGGCGUCCUUGGCCCUCCACGCCCGGCAGUGCCUGCCUCUGCCUUUCGCAACCUCCUCGGUCCUACACGAUCCCGAGCGGGCCAGCGGGUGGGCAGGCUGGCCCGAGCUGCAGCGGGUGGGUACGGCUGGAGUGUACCUAGGCUGAUCGGCGGGACGCAGUGCACGCUGCUUGGCGCCGCAGGCUGAUCCCGCCGCGCCCCCGGCAGCAGUGAUGUUGGGCAGCUCCGCGCCCGGGCCUGCGGCCCGCGAGGCAGGCUCGGCGCUGUUAACAUUGCAGCAGAUGGCGCUCCAGGAGGACCAGGAGAACAUCAACCCCGAGAAGGCGGAGCCCACCUAGCAGUCCCGGACCCGCUCUGGGCUGGCGGUACUGAAGGCCGGGAAUUCGCGGGGACCAGCGCCGCAGCAGAGGCCUAAGACGCGACGGGUUGCACCUCUUAAGGAUCUUCCUAUAAAUGAUGAGCAUGUCACCGUUCCUCCCUGGAAAGCAAACAGUCAACAGCCUGCAUUUACCAUACAUGUGGAUGAAGCAGAAGAAGAGACUCAAAAGAGGCCAGUUGAAUCUAAAAAACCAGAAAGUGAAGAUGUCUUGGCUUUUAAUUCAGCUGUUACUUUACCAGGACCAAGAAAACCACUGGUACCUCUUGAUUACCCAAUGGAUGGUAGUUUUGAGUCACCACAUACUAUGGAUAUGUCAAUUGUAUUGGAAGAUGUAAAGCCAGUGAGUGUUAAUGAAGUACCAGACUACCAUGAGGACAUUCACACAUACCUUAGGGAAAUGGAGGUUAAAUGUAAGCCUAAAGUGGGUUACAUGAAGAAACAGCCAGACAUUACUAACAGUAUGAGGGCUAUCCUCGUGGACUGGUUAGUUGAAGUAGGAGAAGAAUAUAAACUACAGAAUGAGACCCUGCAUUUGGCUGUGAACUACAUUGAUAGGUUUCUUUCAUCGAUGUCUGUGUUGAGAGGAAAACUUCAGCUUGUGGGCACUGCUGCUAUGCUGUUAGCCUCAAAGUUUGAAGAAAUAUACCCCCCAGAAGUAGCAGAGUUUGUAUACAUUACAGAUGACACUUAUACCAAGAAACAAGUUCUGAGAAUGGAGCAACUAGUUUUGAAAGUCCUUGCUUUUGACUUAGCUGCACCAACAAUAAAUCAGUUUCUUACCCAGUACUUUCUGCACCAGCAGUCUUCAAACUGCAAAGUUGAAAGUUUAGCAAUGUUUUUGGGAGAGUUAAGUUUGAUAGAUGCUGACCCAUAUCUAAAGUAUUUGCCAUCAGUUAUCGCCGCAGCAGCCUUUCAUUUAGCACUCUACACUGUCACAGGACAAAGCUGGCCUGAAUCAUUAGUACAAAAGACUGGAUAUACGCUGGAAACUCUAAAGCCUUGUCUCAUGGACCUUCACCAGACCUACCUCAGAGCUCCACGGCAUGCACAACAGUCAAUAAGAGAAAAGUACAAAAACUCAAAGUAUCACGAUGUUUCUCUCCUCAACCCACCAGAGACACUAAAUGUGUAACAGUGAAAGACUGCCUUUGUUUUCUAGGAUGUAAAUCACUCAAAGUAUAUGGUGUACAGAUUUUAUCUUAGGUUUUAAUUUUACAAUCAUUUCUGAAUACAAAAGUUAUGGUCAAGUACAAAUUAUGGUAUCUAUUACUUUUUAAAUGGUUUUAAUUUGUAUAUCUUUUGUACAUGUAACUAUCUUAGAUAUUUGGCUAAUAUUAAGUGGUUUUUGUUAAAGUAUUAAUGAUGCCAGCUGUCAGGAUAAUAAGAAAUAAAUUG